CAACCUACAAUCAAGGGAUCGUUACAAAAAGUUGCUCCGUGCCAUGUCUAUCCAGAAUCUACACACCCGCGACCCCUUUGCCGAGGCCGAGGCCGCGGCUGCCAUUCAGGCCCGGCCCGUGCACAUCCGACUGCAGCAAAGGAAUGGCGGCAGGACCAUCACCACGGUCCAGGGCCUGUCCUCGGGCUACGACCUCAAGAAGGUGGUCCGCUGCUGCAAGAAGGAGUUCGCCUGCAACGGCACUCUGCUCGAGUCCCCGGAGUACGGCCAAGUCAUCCAGCUGCAGGGGGAUCAGCGCUUGAAGAUCCAUCAAUGGCUGACCAAAAUGCAGUUGGCCAGCUCCGAUCAGCUGAAGGUCUGCGGCUUGUAAGGACUAGGCCGAGGCCUAGGACCAAACCGUUUGAGUUGUUGUAAAAUGUUCUAA